UCAAACCUGCCUCCUCUACACCCAGAUCAUUCCCUCUACUCUCUCCACCUCCUGCCGCGCGUAACGAGGCAGAGCAGAGAGUUCUUCGUCUAGGCUCGGGGGUCGCCCAUCUCCGUCACCGGGAGGAUCGAUUUCUCGGCGGGAAGGAAGGGGUAUAGACUCAAAGGACAUCAGCUUCCCCCAAAGAUGGAACCGAGCAUCGAAAAGGAGCUGCCCCGGGCCGACCUCGCCGAAAUCGAAGAGUUCGAGAGCAAGCGUUCCGGGUACUUCGCGGAUGAGUACCGCAAGUCCUCCAUGUACUGGUCAAGCCUGUGCGACGUCAUGAGCCUGAACGACGGGCCUACUCAGCAGGUGCUGUCGUAUGUUGCGGGUAAGCUGGAGGCUGACCGCGUUAACACCGCCGCCAUCUUCGCCAACGCGGACAAGUUGUUCGACGAAAAGAAGGGCGCCACCAAGCUGAGGCACGACAAGAUUCGCCACGAGGAGCAGAAGGCUAAGACCAAGGGCGUGACGGCAUCCAUCGACGUCGAGCUGCUGGUGGCUGGAGGACCAGAGAAAGAAGCGCCUACUAACAAUGCGGUGAAGGCGAUCUGGGAGAUGGCAGAGAUGGACUGCAGAGCCGCGCGUAACCGUGACGCUCUUUGCGACGAGCUGGAGCACGAAGACAUGCUCGGGAAGGUCAAGGUCAUGGGUAAGGAGAUGCAGCGACGAUUCAAGGAGCUGUCGGAGGAAGGAACCGCUUGCCUGCUGAGUCUGGCCAACAUCGACAAGCGCGUUGGACAGGCCUUCCUGCACCUGAAAGAGACGCUGGGAGACCAAGUCGGGGGAAAGACCCUCCACGAGGAUGUGUGGUUCUUGUUCUGCAGCUACCAGACGGCGGUUGUGCACCAAAAGGAGGCCUGGGACGCCGUCACGGCUAAGCUGGGGGAAGUGUUCGCGAAGAUGAAGAACCUCGAGGGAGAACGGCGCACGACCCUUCGUGAGUUCAUGCUUUCCGCUAACCGUGCGAUCGGUGACAACUGGAAGACGCUGUGCACGCUGCCCGGUCCGGCUAGCGACGCCGCUACGGCGGUGGAUGCCAACAGGGGCGCCGUUGAUCAGGAGGUCCACUCCCUGGCGGCCGUGCGGAUGGAAGAGAAGAAGCACGAAACUUCUAAGGAACACGUCCUGGCGAACACAACCCACAUCGUCCGCGCAGACCCGGCUCCCGCUGACGACUCCUUCAUCGAGACUCUGUCGGCGCCUCUGGAGUCGCCCCUGGUGCGGAAAAUGAUGAUGAUCGAAAGGAGAGAAGGGAAGGCGAUCGGCAGCAAGUACUACGCCGGACUGAUGGUGCUGUCGUGGGAUGGCUUCCUCCACUUCUUCGACAUCCCUUCCUCCUCUACCGUCAAGAGAGAUGCCUCUGCUUCCGCAGCUUUCCAGGAAAUUUCCCCCUCCAUCUCGCUGGACGACCUUUUGGCGAACAAGAAGGACCUGGACGAGGUGCUCAUGUUCAAGAGCACUCACACGCUCUGGUUCGACGAGUCCUCCACCGUGGAGGCCAAGUCCAGCCACAAGAGCCACAAGAUUGAGGUGAAGGGCAGGACGAACAUCACCUCGAUCAAGCGGCACUUCGGGUCCGGGACUACCAGUAAGACGGUCACCUUCCGGACCGCUACAGAGGCGGAGAUGAACAACAUCGUCGAGGAGAUCACGGACUGCAUCUACACCAGGGGCGGCAUGCAGACCGCCGUGACUGGACGGAUGAGCACGGACAGCCGGUCUAGCUUCGGCAGCAGCUUCAGCUCCACCGGAUCUGGUUCCACCAAAUUGGCGACCGCCCAAAGAACCGGAACCAGAGCCGGCUGCCCCGGCGCCCACUCCGGCCCCCUCGUCAACGGUAGCGCCUCCCGCCGCCGACCCCGCCGCCGAUGACCCUGCCCCUCCCGCCAAGGAGCCCGCCCCCGUCGCAGCCGAUGCCCCCACCGCGACGCCCGCCGCGGAACCGACGAAAAGCUCGGCAGCCGUCCCCGAGGCUGCACCGGAGGCUGGGGAGGCGACUUCGGAGGCGGCGGCGGCGGGGCCGGAGGAAUCCGUUACGAAGACUGUGUAGUCGCCGAGGAGCUUUGUUACGUCUUGCUUGGAUGCGAAGAGCUAGGAUUUGUGUGUAGGAAGAUAUUGUUCUGUUUUGAACAUGUCGGUUUUGAGGGCGACGCGAUGUUCGGGAAAGCAUGCCGUGUGUGGCGCGUGCGCGCAGGAGGGAGCUACGGCUUGAUCUCUGGCCCCUGGUGUCGUCAGGACCUUGUUUUUUGUUCCUGGAGCUUGCGUGGCGUGUCGGCUUGGCGCUGUGUGUGUGCAGGUGGUUGUACGAGAGGCACCCGAGGAGCGAGCGUCGUUCUGUAUCGCCCUUUCCUGUGAAGCGCGAUGUUGCGCGAAUAUUGUGUAGUUUUCCCCAUGCGCUAGCAUGCCACGCAGGGCGGGCGUCGAUCGCUCGCACGAUUUUCUGCCCAUGGCCAUGUGUUGCAAGCAUCCGCAAAUUUCGUGCAAAAUAACGUUGCACGCAGUAUCUCCGAGGCUCUUUGUUCUCGUCGCCUGCCCAUCGAAGCAUGUGGAAGACUUGCGGUAGGCACAUUUCGGGAAACAGCCCCGGCAUGCGGGUCGGCACCGGCAUCGCCCCUGUUAUUGCUCAGCGAGGGGAGGGAUGAAGUUCUGAUGUUUGGUGUACGUACUGCAGUGCUCUUUCGUAGCAAGGCGAAACGAUGGCAAGUCGGGCAGAGUCUCCCGCAGAGCGAGGUAAAGAAGGUCAAGGUGGCACACCUGGUCUUUUGGUUUAUACCAUCUGGACUCUGUUGCUGCUCGCCUGCUGUUGCGCAUGGGGACGCGCUUCCUGUGCUGUUGUUGAGUUGUCAUUUUUCAAGGUUAUGCGCGGCUUGCUGCCAAUGUUGGGCUGUAUGGUCGAUGUCCAACGUUGUGUGUUGUCCUUCGCAAGGUUGUAGACUGGACACAUCCGUUUGCCGGCUUUUUCAGUAUUAUCUGUUUGCAGGUUUCUCCAGUGUGACACAUUCAGUACAUAGGGCGUAAUCUAUCGUGCCAAAGGUGUAAGCGGUAGAUCCAUUCCGCUUGUGAAGUCUUCCUCCAGUAGGUAACCCUUGCGGUUGCAAAGAUAAAUAGGUGCUUUGGGCCAUCGCGAAGUAUUUCCACGUCUUCGAGUUGAUUUUGUAGCUAUAUUUUCGAAGACUGAUAACAGAAAUACGUAUUCGCUUGCCCACCGUGUCUGGCUGGCGCUCCGCGCAUGGUGUUCCCCGGGACCACAUGUCUGACGCCACGAACCCAGCUGACCGCUCAGGACCUUCGCCCUGAUGAGAUCCGCUCCAUAGAGCUCGGUUCAGUGGGUACCCUUGUAAACAUUCGGGCUCUACAUGUAGGUUGAGGGUCAAGUUAUCUCAGGAGUGAAAAACUGACUCGCGCUCACAUACCAAGCGAAAGGCGGCGCGUAGUUGCGUACACACAGCAGAUGCUGAGCCCAUCCCGCGUUAAUUUUGAAGGCAACCAC